GCCUCAUUUGCCGCGAGAGAGCAGCACCACGUUGCUCGCUUUUUCACGCACACACACGGUGGGAAUGGUUGUGCGUGCGUCAAGUGGUCGUAGUGGGGUGUGCGUGGCAUGUUCGCUGUUGCGCGGGGCUGGCCGCGUGCUGCGCACUCGGUCCAUACACCACCAGCCAUCGGCUGCAGCAGCUGCAGCAGCGCGGGUGGCGUCCACAACGAGCCGCAUGCAGGGCAGAAGCACGAAAAGCAGCGCUUUGAUGUCGAUACGCGUUGCAGUGCAGCCAUCGCACUCUCGCCUGCAGCAGCUUCGGUGGUCUUCAGUGGUGGCAGCGUCAUCGUCAUCGUCAUCGUCUCAAGGUGGCAAGCCAAGCAAAAAGAAGAGGCGUAGAAGGAAGAGCCAAAACACCCCAAAGCAAGACCAAAGCUGCACCUCGCAGACUCAGCAACAGCCACAGCAGCUGCCACAGCAGCGAUCGGGGCCGCAGCAGGUACAGCCUCAGCAAACGACAGCGCCGUCAACGCGGCCAGCGCCCACAUCAGCAGCACCAGCAGCACCCCGCAACGCUUCGGGCCCACAGCAUGCGCGAAAAGGGUGGUACGAUCGCUUGAUGACUGCACUGCUAAAGCCCAUCUUCACACAGACUGUGGUGUCUUGCCAGUCGUGUGGCAACCCCAUCUCCUCCGCGCGCAACUGCUCCUUCCUCCGCGUCUACCCAUAUGGGACGCACAGCCAAUCCCUCACGCUUCUGGCAGCACCCAUCGAUGAAGUGUCGUCGUUGAUACGCCGGGAUCAGUCCCACACGUUUCCCCAUCACUGCCGCUGUUCGCACUGCUUCAACUUUGUUGGACGCGUGGACACGAUCCCAGCACUGGCAGCGGAGGACACAAAGGCGUCGAUAAUGUUCCCUGGCAUUCGGCUGCUGCUGCAGCCCUCGCGCGUGCGGCUGUCCAUCACGUCCUGGGUGACGGGGCGAACACACGACCUGCGGUGCAGCCGAUGGGAUGCCCUCACGCCGUCCGAAGUCUUCAUGACGGGUCUGCCCCUCGUAGAGGCACCGCCAGAGGACAGCACACGUGGGUUUGGGCCGGCGCAGGCGCACGGAUUUUCGCUCGUGCGUACGCGUGGAGGGCUGUACCGGUGGCAGGUGAGCAAACAGGGCGGCGGCGACGAUGGCAGCGGCACGAUGCCUGCAGGCAAUGCCUCGGCACAGCACGCUGCAAAGGCUGCUACAUCAAACACCGAUACACCAGCGACGACAGCGGAUGCAAAGAGCAGUGGGCAGCAGGGCGAAGGCGAUAUUGAGGCUGAAGAGCUGCGAGAGCUCGUGCAGAAAAAGUAUGGAGGAAAGGAUAGCACGCCAGGCCUGUUUACCAAGGUGCACGAUGUUUCACGCGGUGGUGGGGGAGGGAAGCAGCAGCUUGUGUCAGCCACAGCCACAGCCACCAAAGACAGUGAAGACGAGCUGGAUGAGGAGGAGGAUGAGGCGGAGGUGGAGGAGGACGAGGAUGAUAGUGAGUUGGAGAAGGACUUGCGAGCAUUUGAACAACAACAACAACAACAGCACGGUGACAUCUCGAAGCAAACGCCCACACGUCAACAACAUCAACAGCAGCGUGGUGGCGGUGAUGGAUUUGCGACAGCUGCGACCAACGCCGCCCACCGGCAGCAGCGACGAGGACAACAGGAAGGGCGUGGUAACCCGCAAGGAGACAGCAGCCACAGCAACGCCAAUGGCAGCCACAGGAACACCCAUGGCAACAGCACCAACCGCACGAGCAGCGGAAGCAAUGAUCGUGACUCUCACACGCGGAAUCUGCGGGCCGGCGACCGCGAUUAUCGGAUGACCGGUGUUGGGUUUGCCGUGAAGAGAGCCGUGCAGCGACUCAAGAUGACAGCCAUUGAGGCCAUCGUCAACAUCGCAUCGCGGUUCCCCGAUGGCUCGCUGCCGCGCGCCCUGCUGUAUCACGAGGCGUUUGUUCGCCCCCACUGGCAUCCGCUCGGCGUCAAAUACAGCGCCGACUUCUUUCGCCAGAUCACUGCAACACCAGACGCGCCGUUGUCGGACCAGGUUGUGCCGCUCAUCUUGGCUGCUGCGAAUGCGCGCUGGCCGGUCACGCGUGAGGUGGACGCUCCAUCCGUCAUCAUCGACGCCCUCAACUACAUCUUCAAGGACAAGGCCAAGGCACCCUCAACUGCGCGUGCGCGUGUGCAGCUUCAGCGCCACCUGCCGCAACUGCUUGACGCCAUCCUGCACGGUGCACACGGCCGGCGCGGCAUGGACGUGGCAGAGGCGUUUGCAAGCCACGGAUUUGAGAUUGACGAAGCGUCGUUGACGUGCAUUGGACUCCUGGCAGCCGGCAUGGAGGAGGAAGGCGUGAACCCUUUGCUUGAAUUGACCGGCCUCAGUCUCUUCGACGUCUCGCACUGCAACCUUCGUCCCCAGUACCCUGCGCUGCAGCGGGCGAUUGCGUCCAGCAAGCACCUGACCCGCGACGUCGUGCAGGCCAAGGGUCUUCGAUGGUCCCUCUCCCUCAUGCUCGACAACAAUGCGAGCGACCGCGCGCUGACGCUCAUGCGAACCGUUGAGGCAACUGGACUGGACGUCCGAUCCGGAAAUGAGGUCCUCCUCGUGAAACUCUUGGCAACAUCAAGCAUGGCGACAGCACAAGAUAUCGUGCAGGCGCUUGAGGUGUGCAAGGCGGCCGGUGUUGCCCUACAGCCGGCAACGCUGAAUCUGCUGUCACGCUCUGCACCCGUCAAGGACAGGGAGCUGCACACCUCAGCCACCACAAGCACACACGCAGGUGGUGGCGGUGGCGAUGGUGGUAUUGGUGGUGGUAUCGGGCUUGAGGAAAGAGAAGGCGGCAACAGCGUCAACGAAUCAACGGGGGGACAGAGCGGACGAGGUGAUGGCACCCGCUCGAGUGCUGUUGCUGCUGCUGCUGCUGGUAAUGGUAGUGGUGGUGGUGUCGAUGAAGUUGAUGUCGAUGAUGACGACGAUGAUGACGAUUCCGUGAUGAGAAUGGGUCCAGCCGUGACGGCGCUGAAGGAAUAUUUAUUGUGGGCAGACAGUCGCGGUCUCAUUUCGCUGUCGAAUCCGGCCAUUGCCCGACACGCAAUCCGUUUCUUCGUAGACGAUCCUGUGAUGUGCGAGCGGCUGGCGAACAGGGCACUGGCUGGAUCAACCCCGAACCGAUUCCAGCUACGAGCCACGUACGGGUCGCUGCUUGCGACGUACAUGGCUGCACGCGAUUACGAGCGCUGCGCGCAUGUGAUUGAGCGCAUGUUGGAGCGGCAGCGGGAGACGGGCAUUCCUCUCGUGUCGUCGGCCAUCAUCAAACGCAUGGUGCGCGUGUACAUCAAGCUUGGGCGGCUGAAGGAGGCGAUUGAUCUGCUGACGAGCAGCGAGAUGCGCACGCGGGUUGAGAUGACGAUGGGUGCACUGCACUACAGCUACUCGGCCGUGCUCAAUUACCUCUGCGAACAGGGAACACCCGGGCACGAAGCCCUUGGUAUGGAAUUACUGCACCGGGCAAUCGCUGAGGGUGUCUUCGAAUCAAACCUCAGGAACGAGCAGCAGUUUGAGCUUGACCUUCACGAGUUGUCGCUCGGAAUGGCGCAGUUGAUGGUGCUCCACUUUCUCAAGCAGGCAGCAGCGGCAUCACAGCGGCGGGUGACGAUCAUCACGGGGAAAGGGCUCAACAGCCCGAACAACGUGCCUGUGCUGCGACCGAUGGUGGAGCGGAUGUUGGAGGAGAGAGGAAUCGAAUACUACAAGAACCCGCGCAACACCGGGAAACUUGUUGUGUUCCUGCAGCCGCGGAAGCAACGGCGAAAAGAAAAGAACAAACUGUCGCCCAUAGAUCGCAUGAUGUCUGUUGUCGGAAACAGUGAUGGUAGUCGUGGCAACACCGGCUCACGGAGAUGACGAGCGGCGUUUCGCUUGAUGGCUUGUGACGUGUGUUGUGGCGUGUCGUUACUUAGUGGAAUGUUCGCUGGUUGAUGCAGGAAGGAUAGGCAAGACCUUUUGCGUGGAUGUGUGCAUGCGUGUGUGUGUGUGUGUGUGCGUGUGU